UCGCCUGCUUCAUUUUAAAUCAGGAUUACACCUCAACAUGAGUGAUAAGGGCACCAUCUCAACAAAAGAGGGAGCAGAGAAGAGGGGACGUGGAAGACCAAGGAAACAGCCACCGGUGAAAAGUGCUUCUGAUGAGCCCAGUGGGUCCCCUACCCCAAAGAGGCCCAGGGGAAGGCCAAAAGGCAGCAAGAACAAGGGCAAGAAGACACCAGCAGCCUCAACUGCAGGGAUGAAACGCAGGGGAAGACCUAAGAAGGAGGAAAAGGAGGAACAGGCAGCCAAGGAAUCAUCAUCUGAAGAAGGAGAGGAGGAGGAGGAAGACCAGUAAACGUGCUACCUCACUCAACAUACUGACUUCCUGUCAACCAGAGCUGGUCUGAAUCUCCAAUACUGGUGCCACCCCAACCCCUGUUCUACUGUUCACUUUCUUGCCUUCUAGCCAAAGGAGGGUCAACAACACAGUUCAUCCAACCUCUAUCUGCAAAUGCACUGAAAAACCAAUGGAUGUUUCUCAACAAGCAUAAAUCUUACAAAGAAUCACAGGACAGGUGACAGACAACACUUUUUCUGUGUGUAUGUCAUGGUAUUG